GUCAUAAAAACUGUCAAUUAAUCCACGUGCAUUUCGAUAGUCAUUGUGGUUUGUAAAUUGAAUCAUAAUGGCUUUGAAAACAUUAAAAUGUCGACAAUCAAAACGACAAAAAGCAAGCAGAAGGUAUAAAAUAAUAAAACGUAUAGCCGAACACAAAAGAAAACAAAAGAAAGAGGCAAAUAAACUACCGAAAAAAAAGGGAUCUAAAACAAAGCUGAUUCAGGUGCCUAAUAUAUGCCCUUUCAAAGAGGAUAUUUUAAAUGAAGUGAAAAUAGAGAAAGAGCGUGUAGAGUUAGAGCGCCUUCAGCGAAAGGAGCUGUUAAAACAGCAAAAACUGGAACCAAAACUAACACUACAAUCCAUGGUACUUGAUGCUGAGACGCGCGCUGAGCAACAUGAAACUAAUGACAAUGAAAACAUUGAUAACGACGACUAUGCUACUGGAAAAAGCAAAGACAAUUCGUUAAAAGCUUUUUUUAAAGAGUUUAAGAAAGUCGUUGAUAUUGCUGAUGUUAUUUUAGAAGUUGUAGAUGCACGUGACCCAUUAGGUACCAGAUGUGAAGAAGUUGCAGAAAUUGUACGAAACAGUCCUGGACAAAAAAGAUUAGUUCUCGUUCUCAACAAAGCAGACUUAGUACCGAGAGAAAACCUAGAGGCAUGGCUUAAUUACCUUCGGAAACAAGGACCGGUUAUUCCAUUUAAAGCAACGACACAAACUCAAAAAAUGAAAUUGGGACGAAUUAAAUUCAAAUCAAAACCCGAAUUUCAACGUAGCCCAUGCAUUGGUGCUGAUAUUCUAACAUCUCUUUUGGCUAACUACUGUCGGAAUAACGACAUCAAAACCUCUAUUCGUGUCGGGAUUGUUGGAAUUCCCAAUGUAGGAAAAAGUUCAAUCAUUAAUUCGUUAAAGAGAAAACGUGCUUGUAAUGUUGGAGGUGUUCCUGGUGUUACACGACAAUUACAAGAAGUUGAAAUCGACAAAAAUAUCAAAUUGAUUGAUAGUCCAGGCAUAAUUUUUCAACGACCAAAGGAAGAAAAUCCUGAUGAAUUUUUUGCCUUAAAAAAUGCACAACAUGUAAAUACGGUACAAAAUCCAUAUCCAUUAGCUGAAGAUAUUCUUCAUCGUGCAAGUAUGCACUAUUUUUGUCGGUUAUAUAAUAUAACUGAGUAUCACUCAGUGGAUGAAUUUCUUGCAAAGAAGGCACAAAAAAUUGGAAGAUUUGGACCUGGAGGAAUCCCAGAUGUAAAAGCGGCCGCAAGAAGUCUAAUUCAUGACUGGAAUACGGGAAAAAUAAAAUACUUUACGCACCCACCUGAUGUAAAUAACGAGAAUGUGCACUUAGGUUCCACGAUUGUAACGGAACAAGUAAAAGAAUUCGGUUUGGAUGACUUUGAAGCAACUGCUUCAAAAAUAAUGGAUCGUAUUGAAGCCCGUGUUAAGCUUGAAAAAGAUCCUGAUGUACAAGAUAUUUACAUGGAGGUCGAAACUAAAGGUCCUGUGCAUCUUAAAGUGGAAACUUCGAAACGCAAAAUGACUAACAAUUCAAAGUCUAUGCACAUUGUUGAAUCUAUUAACGAUGUGAUGGAAGAGUCCUCAUCGAAAAAAAAGAAAAGAAAGGCAAUAACAGUCGAUAACGAUGAAAAAAAUUUCAAAAACAGCUUUGUUUUUCAAAUAGACGGUAAUAUGACUGUAAACAAAAAUAACAAAAAAGAAAUGAAGAAAAUCAAAAAACAACAAUCUAGGAAUACAAGAAAAGUUGAGAAUGUUGCAAAUGUUUUGGAAAAUUUUUCAUUAGGAGACACUGGUUCAAAGAAAAGAAAAACUGAUUUGGACAGUUAUGACUUUAAUGAGGAUUUCGAGAUGAAAUAAGGUUUCUUCUUAUGUUGAUGCAUAUAAUAAAUUUUUAUUUAUAAAACGAUUAA